GAGGGAGAGGGGGAAGAUAGAGAGAGAGAGAGAGAGAGAGAGAGAGAGAGAGAGAGAGAGAGAGAAAGAGAAAGAAGAACAGCCAGAUCGCCGACGCCUUCGACGUUCGGCCGACCGAUGCUCCAAAAAACGCGAAUUUAAAGGAUGGAGGCCAGUGAAUGGGAUCACGCGACCUUGAGGGAGGAGGAAUUCGAGCAACAUGCCGUAUACUUGGUACCGGAUGUUACGGCAUCACCUAGCGAUACCAAUCGAGCGGAAGCUUCGUUGCCGAGGAACCUCGUACUCAAGCCCUCUCAAGCCCUCAACGAUAUGUUGGGCGUCUGGAGUACGAGUUACAUCCCAAAGGGCACACGUUUCGGACCACUGGUGGGCCAGGUUUAUACCAAGGAUUCGGUGCCCGCUGACGCGAACAGGAAGUACUUUUGGAGGGUAUACAAGAACAACGAGUUGUUCUACUACAUCGAUGGUUAUGACGUUCAAAAGUCGAAUUGGAUGCGUUACGUAAACCCAGCGUAUUCAUCCGAAUCGCAAAAUCUAAUAGCGUGUCAAUAUAAGAUGAACAUUUAUUUUUACACGAUUAAGCCGAUACUUCCGAAUCAGGAAUUGUUAGUAUGGUAUUGUAGAGAGUUUGCGGAACGUUUGAAUUACCCGUUGACGGGUGAAUUAAUGCUUCAAAGAAUACGUCAGCAAGUACAGCAAUCGGCGUUACCGACGGAAAUUUCUGCGAGCGUCGACGUGGUAUCACCGUUGAAGGACUCGUCGAUUUACGAGAGACGAUCGCAAAUGACGCCAACGGAUGGUUCCGUGAGGUCUGACGAAGGUUACCAUUCGAACGGUUACCACGACGAGAUCUUGACCCCGCCGGAGGAGAGCAGCGAGUCCGAUUCGGAGAACAACUACGUUCUCGACUUUAGCAAGAACUCAAAGUCCUCCGUGUGUAGCAACGAACCGUUAAAGCCGGACAACGUGGCUGCGAAGAACGAAUACAGAAAGGUAAAGAUCAAGAUAACGAAGACGUACGGUAAUUUUCAAAGCGGUACGAAGAGCAAUUUGGAUGGUACAGCGAAGGAGAAAAAUCCCGAGAUCGCAAGCAGAGCGAUGAGCCCGGAGAUACAAAAGUCCGUGUCGCCUGUGAUGCUUCAAAAAACGACUCUUCUGUCGAUGGUGAGCGAGGACGAGGCGGAAAAAAAUCCGAAGCCGUUUUACGAGCCAGAGGUCAAAGGCAACGUACCUGCCACGACGAGACCACCCUACAUAACGAGUCCUAGCAGUUCCAUCCUUGAAAAUAUUCUCCUACGAAAUAGCACCGACAAUAAUAAUAACAACAACAACAACAAUCAUCAUCAUCAUCUACAUCAUCAUCACCAUCAACAACAGCAACAACAGCAACAACAACAACAACAGCAGCAGCAACAGCAGCAACAUCACCAUCAUCAACACCAUCACCACCAUCAUCAGCAGCAUCACACGGCAGAUUCCGUGACACCACCACCUUCGAGUCCUACGGAGAUGGCUUACUCUUACAAAAAGUCUCAUCGUUACGGCAAUAUUUUACCGUGCAGUCCGGACUCGAGUUCGAAUUUACCGAUGCAGACUGAAUCCUGCGUAAACUCCACCACCAGUAAUCACGGUCCCGUACCAAUUCCGAGUCCAACCGGUGGACUUCAUUCGAGUACGGGUAAUCUUCAUUCGAGUACGGGAGUGAACAACGGAAAUGCGACGGCUCAUAUCGGAAACGUGCACUCGUCGAGCAGCCCAGGUGUUAAUCCGCAUUCGAAUAGCGGCGUGCUUCCCUCGAGCACGAUCUUGACAUCGUCCUCGAAUGUCGCUAGCUCCUCCUGUCUUCCAAAGCGAAAAACGAAGAGCCCGUCUCCAGCAAAUUCUCCACCGUUGUGUCCCUCCUCGACACCGACGAUUUUGUAUUCGGCCAAUUCCGGAGGUUGUCAAAUAGAGUCGAGUUCGGUCUAUUCAAAUUCGGGUGGUAGUAAUGGUGCUGGUGGUGGUGCUGGUGGUGGUGUUGUUGUUAGCGGUGGUUGUGGUAACGGUGUCGGUGGUAGUGUCGGUGGCUGUGGUGGUGGUGGUGGUGGUGGUGGUGGUGGUGCUGGUGGUGGUAAUGGUGGCGUCGGUAGUGCCGGCAACAAUCAUCAAAACUCAGUUUCGCCGAUAUCACCGAUCCAAUCGCCUUCUCCCUAUUCGUACGGUCUCUAUCAUCAGAACGGAACGCUCCAUCACGGCGCGACUCCUCUGUCGAUCAACUGUACGGCUUAUUCUCCGACUCCGAGCACCGCUAACAACGGCAGCCUCGUUUAUGGAGAAAGAACGUCGGACGGUAGACGUCUUGACGUUCCAAGCAGCAGUCAUCAACUUCCAACCUCCUCGACGACCAUGCAGAUCGACGGGAGUCAGGCUGGCCUGAUCGCAGGCACGCACAAUCUUCACCUCGGCCAUCAUCCUGGACUUACCAUUCACGCGAAUUCCUCUUCCUCCGGGUCCCUCAAUCACAGAUACUCGCCGGCGAGUUCUCUCUCCCCGGACGAUCACGGUUGCUCGCAGAGUGGCUCGCUCAGCCCGAACUCUCAGGGAUCGAGGGGUUACAGGUCGUUGCCUUAUCCACUUAAGAAGAAGGACGGGAAGAUGCACUACGAGUGCAACGUUUGCUGUAAGACCUUCGGUCAACUAUCGAAUCUUAAAGUUCAUCUCAGAACGCACUCCGGUGAGAGACCGUUCAAAUGCAACGUCUGCACCAAAAGCUUCACGCAACUGGCACAUCUACAGAAACAUCAUCUCGUGCAUACCGGCGAAAAACCUCAUCAAUGUGAGAUCUGUAAGAAGAGGUUCAGCUCUACCUCGAAUCUAAAGACUCAUCUCAGAUUACACUCCGGCCAAAAGCCCUAUGCUUGUGACCUUUGCCCCGCGAAAUUCACCCAGUUCGUUCAUUUAAAGCUACACAAGAGACUGCACACGAACGAGAGGCCUUACACCUGCCAAGGCUGCGACAAAAAGUACAUCAGUGCGAGUGGCCUGAGAACUCAUUGGAAAACGACCAGUUGCAGGCCGAACAGUAUCGAGGAUGAACUUGCUCUCGCAGCUGCCGUUGGCUCGCCAACGUAUUACGAGUAUGGUCCUGACAUGAAUGUCGGAACCAUGCCGAAGGAAUGCGAAUUGGAACACAUCGAGAACUAUGAGAGGCAUGGAUCGACGCAUGGGCCGCACACCACAUCUCUUCAUAACUUGGAGAACCCGGUGGCGAGGCCGAGCGUGAUAGAAACCUCCCAGCCACACAUAAUCGAAUGUACCUAAGGGACGGGGAGCAGACCCUUUUGCCCUGACGCAAAAUCCAGCCGUGGAAACGUAAACGAGAUUCGGCUGACCGAGCUCGCACCAGAGCGAUACCUUUAUCCCGAGUGGCAGUAAAGAUAAAUAAGAAAAAGUGAGAAAGAGAAAGA